AUGGGGGACAUGAAGACCCCAGAUUUUGAUGACCUGUUGGCAGCAUUUGACAUUCCUGACAUAGAUGCCAAAGAGGCCAUCCAGUCUGCUCCUGACGAAGCUGAGGGACCCCAUGGAACUACAGGGACACCACUGGGAAAGCAGGAUAGUGUGGUUGGUGUUGGGUCUUCCUUGAGGCCUCCAAGUCCAUCUGACACUCAGGCUGACACAUCCAUUGUCAGCGUUAUUGUGAAGAAUAAAGUGCGCCUCGAAACCGUAGAUGAAGGGGAGGGAGAUGCAGACCAGGACCCCAUUGACGUGAUCACAGGGGUCGAUGUGGGUCCACGACUUGGUGCUUGUGCCCCUGGAAUGACUGAGUCGGAAGCUCUAAAUCACAAUGGUUUUGGGGCAUCUGGUGUCUCCACACCGCUUCCUCUCAGCCAGGCCCAGUCCAAUGGUGCGCCAUGGUCAAUGAGCACCUCUAAAGUGUCUUCAGAAGUAUCUGGUGUCGCGAAGUCUCACAAGCAGGGUGGCAACAUUUUCAACAGACUGAAACCGCUCGUGGCGCAGGGGUCUGGAGAUCCAGUGGGCCGGGCCAGGAAGAUGCAGCUCUUACAGCAGCAACACCAGCAGCAGCAGGAUACAGGCCAGGAGAGGGCAGAUGGGGUCAAAGCAUCAUUACCUUCAUCCUCCUCUCUGUCAGUCGGGUCAUCUCCAUUGGCUGCAGCUGGGCCUGUUGGACUAGCAUCGCCUUUCUUUCCACCUUCAAAGCCUCGGCUUCCAUCACCACCCUCUGCCCUCUCAUCACACCCACUGCACUCAUCUCAGCCUUUUAACGGAGCUCCCAAAAGUAGCCCUGCUGGAUUUCAGCACCAGUCAAUAGAGGAGGAUGAUUCUGACCCUGAUUUGGGAAGUCCACUGGUCAUUCAAGAAACCCCAGACUCCCCAGCUUGCACUGAACUGAGCCAAUGUUUCAAGGCUGACUCUGUCUCAACACAGCCCACAUCCUCCACUUCAACUCACCCUAAACAUGGGGAUGCACCCGCCGGUGCUUCACUGAGUUCCUCAACCCCCCAGACUGCCUCAACAGACAGUCCCCAGCUUGAGGACAGGCAUCCAGAGCAUGUUAUAGAGGAGAGAGACUCUCCAGAGAGUCCUGAACCAGAGAUACCAAAAUCAACUGCUCAAGUCAACAAGAGGUGCUCCAGCCCUGCAGUGGCCUCCACUCCACCUCCUUCCGAACUACGGGAGCCUAAAGAGGAGGAGGAGGAGAUGGAGGUAGGUAAUGGUAUAGAUAGGGUUGUUGAUGGCAAAGUGGACAAGGGAGAAAAUGAGAGAACAAGUGAUGAAAAAAUGGAGGUGGAUGAUGGCAAGUCUAAACCCCUGUCCACUGAUGGAGGAGAAGGAGGCAAUACUGCACCCGCUGUGUCUGGAGCUCCAUCCAGACCCCUGAAAGUCAGAAUAAAAACAAUUAAAACCUCCACAGGUGGAAUCACUAGAACUGUCACAAGGGUAGCACCCAAAGGUGGUGCUGCAGCGGCAGGUUUGGAUGCGAAAAAUCAAACUGGGGAGCGAAAGGUACUGGGAAACAAGGCCCAAAAACUUGAAACUGGUCAAAUGACAUCCCAGAAAGUAAGUGCUCUCAAUGCACUGCCCGUGUCUACACUCGCAGCCAGCAGCGUCAUGCUUGCUGCUGCCACAAAGGUCCAAAACAAACUGGCUGCAUCCGACAAGACCAAGGUUUCUGCCACUGCAGUAAGCAUCACCAAAUCCGCCGCCCUGCCCGUAACUCCAGCUGUGACCUCCUCCCCCAAGUUCUCUGUUGCUGCUGGAGGGAUCAGCGUACGCACGGCCACGAAUAAGACAGCUAACGGAGGCAGCGGCACCCUCUCGCCAAACAAACCUGCCUCAAUCGUCAACAGCACAGGCGCCGUCAUCUCCCGCAGUCAGUCAAGCCUGGUUGAGGCUUUUAACAAAAUUCUGAACAGUAAGAACCUUUUGCCAAGCUACAAGCCAGACCUCUCAGCUCCUCCGCCACCUGAGUGGGGUCUCCCGCUCCCUGCCACAGGGUACCGGUGCCUGGAGUGCGGAGAUGCUUUCGCCCUGGAGCGCAGCCUGGCGCGACACUACGACAGACGAUCACUACGCAUCGAGGUGACCUGCAACCACUGUGCUAAGAGACUGGCCUUCUUCAAUAAGUGCAGCCUGCUGCUGCACGCCAGGGAGCACAAAGAGCGUGGUCUGGUCAUGCAGUGCUCACACCUGGUCAUGAGGCCUGUCACCGUGGAGCAGAUGAUUGGACAGCAGGACAUAACACCCAUUGGUGGCCUGCUCUCCUCUUCGUCCUCCUCUCCUCCAGUCUCCUCUCCUUCUACCACAAUCGGGGGCUCCACCAUCUCCACAAACUCCAGCCCGUUGAAGGACGCUUCGUCUCCAGCAGCAUCGCAACCUCGGCCCGUCCGCCGCGCACCGCAGGGUCCACAAGCCCUGAUGCCUCUGCCCUGUAAGAAGGCCGAGGGGCUGCAGUACAACAACUUCAAAUGUCCUGAGUGCCAAACACAAUUCUCUGGCAAGGCUGAGCUUGUCACCCACUUCCAGCAGAUCAGAGCUGUUCCCAAUUCAACAUGUACGCAGUGCUCGCCUCCCAUGAUGCUGCCAAACUCGUGCGCUGUGGCCGCUCACCAGAGGAUCCAUAAACACCGGGCGCCCCACGUCUGUCCCGAGUGUGGUGGUACUGCCCGGCAGGCCACUUUCCAGACCCACUUGGAGGAGGCAUGUCUGCACUUUGCCAGGCGCAUCGGCUACAGGUGCUCGAGCUGCCAGGUUGUGUUCGGAGGGCUGAACUCCAUCAAGUCUCACAUUCAAACCGCUCACUGCGAGGUCUUCCACAAGUGCCCCAGCUGCCCCAUGGCCUUCAAGUCUUCCCCCAGUGCCCAGAGCCACAUCAGCACCCAGCACCCAACACUUACAGGAGGACAGGCCAAAAUGAUCUACAAGUGUGUGAUGUGUGAUACGGUUUUUACCCAAAAACCCCUGCUGUACAUGCACUUUGACACUCAUUUAGCCAAGCAGAAAGUGCAUGUGUUCAAGUGUCCUGACUGCACGAAGCUCUACGCACAGAAAGGCUCAAUGAUGGAGCAUAUUAAGACCACUCACCGAGGCCCAGCAGCCAAACAGGAGUCUCAGUCUGAUGCGUCUAAUCCGGCCUCAGCCCCCGCCAACAUAUCCAGUCCCUCCAGCCUCAAGUCGAAGCCCUCGGGAAAGCCCGACAACUCGGACGGCGAGGACUGGGGUCGGGAACAGGAGGAGGAAGACGAGGAGGAGGACGACGAUGACGACAACGCGGACGAGGACUACGCGGCUCCGGGGAGUCGCUCAAACACCCCGGGGGGCAGCGGACAUCCCAGUGGUCAGACUGAGUGGACCUGCCCUCAGUGUCAGAGCACCUUCACUGACAACGAAGAGUACCUGGCUCACGUGAAGAUGGAGCACGGCAAGGGUCCCCCCAUGACCAGGAAGCGAGCAGCCACUGGGGGAGAAGGUCCAGGUUGCUCCUCAGAACAUGAGGGUGAAGGUGCACCACCUGGAGUCAGAGCAGGCGACGAGGAAGAAAACGCCACAGAGGACGGCGAGGAAGGCAGCGGCCCUGCUAAGAGAACCCGGGCGUCCGUGGUGACAACAUCACUAAGCGAGUUAGAAGAGGAAGACAAUGUUUUCCGCUGCGUUCCCUGCGGCUUCUCCACCGAGGAUGGGGCCGAGUUUCAGCGGCACAUCCCCCAGCAUCGGGCCGACACUGCCUCGUUCCAGUGCCUGCAGCACUGGGCGAGGACGGCGACGGGAACCUGA